AUGUCUAAGUCUUACUUCAUCUCUGGCGCUAACCGUGGUAUUGGAUUCGCCCUUGUCAAAUUGCUCAGCUCCAACUCUACAAACACAAUAGUUGCCGGGGCCCGUAAUGUGGAAGGUGCUACUGAGUUGAAAAAAUGGGCCGAUCUACAUACCAAUGUUAAAAUCGUGUCGUUAGACGUCUCAACCGCGGAAAGCAAUGAAGAGGCUGCUAAGGAAACCGCACGUAUUUUGCCAGAUGGUCUUGACGUGCUAAUUGCAAAUGCUGGUAUUGCAAACGUGUCUGGGGGUAUUUUGCAGAGCACUGACGAUUCGUACUAUGAACAUUUCACAGUGAACACUGUGGGCCCAAUCAGACUUCUUCGUGCUUUCAAGUCUCUGUUGGACAAGAAGUCAACCAAGCACUUUGCGGUCGUUUCUUCUGUCGCAGGUUCUCUAGUUAGUAACAUCGGCAUGCCAAUUUCCACCUCUUCUUACGGUUUGUCGAAAGCUGGACUCAACUUUGCCAUUAUCAAUCUUAACAGGGAAUUGGGUCCAGAGGGCUACAAGGUCGUCGCUUUACAUCCAGGUCUCGUCAGCACCGAUAUGGGUAACAAGGCCAUGGAGGGCGAAGAGUUCAAAGAUGUGCUGGAGGAUUUGCUCAAGGCAUUCCCACCUAUCACGCCCGAAGAGUCGGCAGAAGCAAUCAACAAGAACAUUUUAGAGAAGUUGCCCGAAGUGGCUGGCAAGUUCAUCUCUUACGACGGAUCCGAGGUUCCAUGGUAA